AUGGACUGCCAUUUUUCUGUCUGGGGAGUUUUGGCCUUUCUGAGUUUGGCUCUGGUUGUUUCGUUGAUACUGAAUAUUUCACACUAUAUGAAAAACAAGCGAGCUAAAAUGUAUAAAGAGUAUGAAGAGAACAGUCGAAGCUGUGAUGACUAUUACAUGGAAGAUGACCCAGUUUAUGGCAAUCUCAACCAAGAUAUUUUAGAGGAAUGUUGUUACGAGCAGAUGAAGUCCCAGCCUCAAACGCCAGUUAACCAACUACAGGUGGAGUCUGCCAAUCAGAUGUGUUAUGCCUCACUUGAUCACAGCAUCAAGGGAAAACGCAGAAAACCGAGGAGAAAGAAAGACUCUUCAUUAGAGGAGGGUGAGGAAGAAAGAUCAUCUAACCCCACCGUGAUGGCUUCCAAAGUCAGCAUUUACCUUAAUAGUGAGCAGCUGGCUGCUGAAAACACAGAAAAUGUAGAAGCCAUUCACGAUGAUCCCAUCAGAUUAAUGGGUUUGAUUCAUACUACAAAAGGAGAGAACAUUUGA